AUGUCCAUAGAUUCAGACGAUUAUGUUGCUCGCAAUGUUGAUGCUAAAUUACAACAGGACAGUGAAUGGUUAAAGACUUUUGAAGAAAAUCUAAAGAAAAGUAGAAAUUUGAAUAAUGAAAUCACAGCACUACUGGAAAGUUUUCAAAAUCGGUUGGUGCAGUUGGACCAGAGUAUUGUUCCACUGUAUGAAAAAACUGCACUUUUACGACAAAAACAAGCAAAUAUUCGAAAAGUAUUAAAAACUGUCGAUGCGAUGCAGCAAUUUUAUGGUCGCGCUGCAGAAUUAGAAUGUUCAAUACGUGAAGGGAAUGCCUCUGUGGAAAGGGAACAGUUCAUUGAAAGAAUGGAACAGUUAGCUGAGGCUAUUUCUUUCUUUUCCUCCCAUUCAACGUAUCAAAAUCAACUCGAUAGCAUGCUAAAAAAGCCUGUGACAUAUUUGCCUGUUAAAAUCUGGCAGUCCGAAACUGUGGCAGGUUUGGUUAGCAAGAGAAACGAAAUGACUGAUGUAUGUCAUCAAGUAAUAAGUACUCGACUGCGUGGGCUGGUCACAUUGCGCAAUAUUGAGCAAUGUGCACAAAUAGCUCGUUGGUUGUUAACUUAUAAUCCAGAAGGUUCUGUGAUCAAAACAUAUGCUAGUAUUAGAUGCGAUAAUAUGCUUCGAACUCUGACUGCUGCUAGUCAACAGGGAUUCCCUUCAAAUAGUAAAAUCAGUAUUUCAUUAUCUUCGAAAUCAGCAGGACCAUUGAGGCAAGUUUUACGAAAGGCAACUGGUCGUUCUUCUGAAAGAUAUGAUUCGGCAUGGGAAUGGCGUGCAUCAGAUGAUGGUGUCGAAAAUAUUUUGGUUUUAUUUGGAACAUUGCUUGCGCUCAUAGAAAUUGAAGCAGAAUUGGUAAGUAAAGUGAUAGCUGAUGUAAGUGCCGAAGCCAAAGUACAGCAAUUAUUAUUUGGUCGUCCAUUAUUGUAUGUUAUGGAACGUGCAAGCAAUCUAAUCGAUGGAAUCAAUUGCUCUCUAAUUCCAUUUUUGCCUCUUCUUAAGCACAUCAAUGCGCAUUAUUUACAGUUACUAUCUCUUGGGAAUAACGCUGUUGAAGAUGUGCCGUAUGAGAGUUUCGUGAAAAAGAUUAAUGACAUGACAAAAGAUGCUCUUGAUGGUUUUUUCGAUCAUUUGACAAAUGAUUCCAACAAAUUUGUGCCCUUGGAUGGCAAUGUACAUCAAAUUACAUCGAAUACACUAAAUUUUUUGAAUAGUUUGAUGGAUUAUCGACAGACAGUGACAAAUUUAUUGAUCGCGACAGGAGCGAAAGGAAAUCCGGCAACUCAUUUUCCGCGACUUUUCGCACGUGCAUUAUCUGCAUUGGGUUUGAAUCUGAAAAACAAGGCAGGAACUUAUAGCGAUGAAACAUUAGCUGCUCUUUUUCUCUUAAACAAUAAUAAUUAUAUUCAUAAUACCCUUCAAAGUAAUGGAAUGUUUGCGGUGGUUGGUGAGCAUAAUUCUCAAGUGCGCUCUUUCUAUCGUUCUGAGAUCAAUGCAUACAGCAAAAAAUAUCUCCAAAGUUGGAACCGUGUUGUUUCAAUUAUAACAGUAGAUUUGUCUACUUUCGACGACAAAAGUACACUAAAAAAUGCACUUGUGGCAUUCAAUGCUGAAUUGGGAAGAUUAAUCAGUGCACAACAAGAUUACUGUCUUGCUGAUGUGAGAUUGGCUUAUGAUAUCAAAUCCGAAAUAAAAUCAUUAAUUUGCGAGCCAUAUACAGAAGUUUACGCGCGAGUGAUGCGUUCUACAGUGUCGAAAGGUACCGAAAAGUAUUUGAAAUAUACACCUGAGUCGCUUGGCAUGGUUAUUGACAGACUUUUCGAUGUUACCGCUUAA